AUGGCUGCAAUAGAUUUUAAGACACUCAGUGAUGAAGAUGUUAAAGAAUUUUUAAAUUCUUUUGAUACUGUACUUACUGAUUGUGAUGGUGUACUUUGGAUGAACAUGAAUCCUUUACCAAAUGCUGCAAAAGUUAUAGAUACUUUUAAUUGCCUUGGUAAAAGAGUUUUUUAUGUAACAAACAAUAGUACAAAGACUAGGGAAGAGUUUGUAAUGAAAUGCCAAGUUUUAAAUUUUAAAGCAACUAAGGAAAACAUUUUGUGCACUGCAAAUUUAGCUGCUUGUUAUUUACAAGAUCUAGGUUUCAACAAGAAAGUUUAUGUUGUAGGAUCUGAAGCAAUAGCAAAAGAGUUACAAGAAGUUGGAAUUUCACACAUUGGUGUAGGACCAGAUGCUAUUAAAAAGAAUGUUCCAUAUAAUAAAUUUGAUAAGGAUCCUGAUGUAGGUGCAGUUAUAGUUGGUUUUGAUGAACAUUUUAGUUAUCCCAAGAUGGUAAAAGCAGCCUCAUAUUUAAAUGAUUCCAAUGUACAUUUCAUUGCUACAAAUACAGAUGAAAGAUUUCCUGUUGAUAACAAUGUUGUUACCUCGCGUUUUUAAACAGGUACUGGAAGUUUGGUGCGAUGUAUAGAAAGUUGCGCAGAAAGAAAAGCUGUAGUGAUGGGAAAACCUGAACGUUACAUAGCAGAUGUAUUGAUGAAAAGAUUUCAAGUGAACCCUGAACGCACAUUAAUGAUUGGAGAUCGACAUAAUACAGAUAUACUCUUAGGAACUAGAUGUGGCUUUAAGACAUUACUAGUUUUAACAGGAAUUACUACUUUAGAAGAUGUCAAUAGGUGGAAACAAUCGGGAUCUGCACAAGAGAAGGAAUAUAUUCCUAAUUACUAUAUUGAAUCACUUGGUGAUCUUUUAUCUUAUUUAGAAAAAUUUUAA